AUGGCCGGGGGCCUGCACCUUAUUGCUCAAGAUAUCAUUGCUCAAGAUAUUAUAGUGAGCACGAGAGCUCACUUGACUGCUGAGAGACAGCGAUAUCCCUUCAUUCGUCAAUUAACCUCCAUGUUGAAUCCGUCGGCACCAAACCCACGUGGGUUAUUGGAUCAUUCUGUCCGAAUGCUUGACGCCUCUGUGAUCGUUUUGUAG